AUGUCUGGGGGACCAGGAUUCAUCGAUCUGAACGCUCGCCCACCAGUCCCUCCCCCGGUGCCCGGUGCCCCUCCGCACCAGGGAGGCCCACGGCCAAACAUGGGGCAACCCAGCGCUCAGGCAAGGAUGCAUCACCAACAGCAAGUCGGAGGCAUGCCUAUGCAUCAAGCACCCAGGGUAGUCAAUGCCGCUCCGCCACAAGCUCCCCAAUUUCCCCAGCAGCACUCGCUACACUCUCCUGUGGAGGUGGUGGACAUUCGGAUGGAGAGGAUGUCCAGCAGCCAGGCCCGGGAGAUGCUGUCUGAGUACCAUGUAUAUCGCUUCGAGAAGAUCAUGGACCAGGACCGAUUCGACAACGAAGGCAAACCGUUGCCGCCUAACUGGCAACAAGUCCACAGAAGUCAGGAGAACGACCCCAAAGUGGAGGUGCUGCGGCAGAUAGCACGCCUCAACAAGAAACACACCUUGUCAGAGAAGAAAAAGGAGCUCAAUGCUGAUCAGCUCUACAACAUCGACAAGACCCUUGAUCAGCUCAAGUCUCGGCUGAGAAAUCCGGACCUGGAAGUCAAGCUGGUACAGCUUGAUGACCAACUCAAACCGUUUGUGGAGAAUGGUCGCUAUAAUGAGAAAGGAAAACGCGACGAGAAAGACAAGGACAAGAAGAACAAGAACAAGAAGUCGAAACACAACACUUCCAAGACCAAGCUGUCUUGGGAAAAGAAGCCGAAAUGGCAGCGCGUAGCCAUCAUCGCCUACUACAAGAUUGGCCCGAAGCCCGAGGUCGACGCACUCGCCUUUCUAGCGCGCCAACAGCAAGAGCAGCGGAUGGCUCACCAGGUGGCCCAGGACCAACGCCGGUUCCAACAGCAGAUGCAGCGAGAACAGCAAGAACAUCAACUGCGAGAUGCACAGAAUCAGCGGAACUUUCCGCCGCCGCACUUCCAGCAAGGGCAGCAUCGUCCUGGCCCACACGGACCUGCCGGUGGCCACCAUGGGCCUGGCCAUCAUCCCCGUGGACCGACACCCAUCCAGGUCAUACAUGAGGACCAUAGCGAUUCAGGUAGCUCUGAUGAGUCGGGUUCCGACAGUGAUUCGUGUUCGUCGAUGUCAACCGAAGUGACCAGGCCAUCAUCCAAGUCCAACUCUACCGGUCGUCGCUAUCGUAGGAAGCCUCGCUACAUCGAGGAGACAUACAAGCCACGGCACUUUGGCAAGCACAAAGGAGCCCAUCGGAGGCACACCAUGUAUGGCGGCAGCGAAUACACCAUCGAGCCCGGCGUAAGCACUGCCUUGCGCGACCCCCGCAGCUCGACUGUGUCGAGUGGAGUGUCCUCUGCCAGAGUCCAGGAGAUACGACAGAACGCCUAUGCCGCUGGCAUCGCGGACGGAAAGACUGAAGCGCGCAUUGAGGCGCAGAGGAUCGACGACCUCGUGGAGAGGCGAGUAGCGCGUGAGAUCCCACGUGCUGCCCGUGUGAUACAGUCCCCAGUCGUGGUUGACGACCGUGACCGGAUUGUCGAAGACUUCCAGCGGGUGCACAUCGUCGACACAGAGCCAACGACGAGGUAUCGGCAUGUCCCAAGGAACUUUGACGAGCUCGAUGAUCUGGACUCGCUCAGGGGAGUACCUAUCCCGCGCCGACCGGUGUACGAGACACACAGGGGACCCGAGGUGCGCUCGCGGCCGUGGGAGGCGCUGCACAGAGAUGCAUCGCGGUACAUGGACUCCCAAGAGUCACCCAUCCUGGCCCCAGAGAACCCUUUCACUCCACUGGCGCCGAGGAGGGAGGGCGGCCAAUACCGCCAUCGAUACCCAUGA